GUGAAAGCCUUUGUUCACAUUCUUAGAAGGUUGCCCAGUUCGAUGCUCAGUGUCAUGGACGCACCCGCUCAUACAAAGGCGCAAACAUAUUUAUUUGAUAAGCCUUCGCAGUAUUGUUAACUCUCUUAGUCGAUCAUUGGUCGAUCAAGCGAAGGGUCUAAGGACAGCCGCGCAGCACUGGUUGCAUAGCUGUAUAAGCAACGGAAUCUGACCUGCUAUUACGCCCCUCCGCGCCUCGCUGGACGCCCCAGGGACUUGCGCUUUAAAACCGAGCCAACCAACUUUGAAGUUCGUCCUCCUAACCCCCUCGAGAUGUCUGUGCGAGAUUCUGCAGUUGGUCUCGGGACAACAGGUUAUGCAAAGAAGGCCAAGGAAUUGAUUAAGGUUAUUGGUGAUAUUCGGGCUCUUGGUGGACAGGGCGACUUGGACCUUCCAAGGAUCGCUGUCAUAGGAAACCAGUCGGCAGGGAAAAGCUCGCUCAUUGAGGCGAUAUCGGGGAUCACCGUUCCCCGUGCAAGUGGGACGUGCACAAGGUGUCCCAUGGAAUGCCGGCUCCAGCAAUCCGAUGAGCUGUGGAGGUGCCAGGUGUACCUCCGGUUCGAUUAUGACACUCUGAACCGCCCCAAACUCGAGGUUCAUGAGGAGAAAUUUGGCCCGAUGUUGCACGACCCCGCUGCUUUGGAAAUCAUGUUGCGGAGGGCUCAGCUUGCGAUAUUGAACCCUACCGUUGACGCGAAGAGAUUUGAAGACUUGGAUAUAGAUUCCUUGGAUGAUGAAUACCCUCCGCUCGGAUCCUCAGAGCAACUAAAUUUUUCUUCCAAUGUAGUCUGUGUGGAUGUGUGGGGUCCAUAUCUUCCAAAUCUGUCCUUUGUCGACCUUCCCGGCAUCAUCUCUAACGUGGCGGAUGAGAAGGACUCGGGGAAUAUCGAUGCAGUGAAGAAUAUGGUUAAAAAGCAUAUUGAAGGGAAUUGUUUAAUUCUACUCACUAUAACAAUGCGAGAUGAUAUUGAUAACCAGAGCGCGGCUUGGUUGGCAAAGCAAGCCGACCCAGAUGGACUUCGGACCAUCGGAGUUCUGACGAAGCCGGACACCCUUCAAGAUGGCGAGGAGAAGGGUUGGGUUGACGUCCUGGAGGGUCGAAAGCAUCCAUUAAAGUUGGGGUAUUAUAUUACUAAGCAGCCUGCUCCUAAGGAUCUCUUGGAGAAAAUUACGCAUGCUGAAGCUCGAGCUAAGGAGCGCGACUUUUUCCGAGACCAUCCGACUUGGUCCAGGUUGCCUAAGAGUCGUAUGGGCACGGAGAUGCUUGGUGUUAGUCUGAGCAAGCUUCUUUCACAAUUGAUCGAUCGGACUCUCCCGAAGCUUCGCGAGCAGGUCCGAGAGCAGAGUAAAGCAACAGAUGGGGCCUUGGCUCGGCUUCCAGCUAAAAUAACUAAUCUUCCAGCGGUGGAGAUCAACGCCCUCAUCGGUCGUUUCUACGAGGAAAUGAGGUCUUACGUCGAGGGAGCGCAAGGAUAUGAGACUCUCCUGCAUGGUUGUUUGGAGCCAUAUUCCACAUUUAGAUAUGAGAUCAGGGCCACUGCACCUGUUUUCGACCUCAGUGAUCCGCCAAAACCUGCUGAUUUGCCCUACGGAUCAGGAGAUGCCACUGACGAGUCUUCAAUUGGGGGGUCCUCACGGAAGACUACUCUUCAAGAGUUGAGGAUGAUUAUCGAUCGGCACCUCACCAAGGAGCUUCCUGGCAACGUUCCGUUCUCUGCGAAAUUGAGCUGCAUGCUUAAUUGUCUCAAGGAGUGGUCGGCGCUGGCUGAUGCAUGUUUCGACUCUGUCUUUUUUAUGGCUGAAGAUCACUGUGUUCAAAUUGCCCGAACGCACUUCGAUCGAUUCACGUAUUCUUCACUGAAUACUAUCAUCAGGGAUACUGUUGCGAAAGAGCUUCUUCGUGCAAAAAAUGAGAUUGACGAAAAACUUCGUUGGGUGAUAAAAUUGGAGUCCACACCGUUCACGCAGAACGCGCACUAUUUUACUUCCUGCAAAGAGAGAUACCUGGUGGAAUACAAAGCGAAACGGCCCACGAGCAAAUUGAUAAUUAGUUAUCUAGAAAACGCGCUCGUAUCCUUGCGUGCCGCUGGGUCCUCGAUCAGAUCGAUAGAGGAGAUCAAGAAAUAUGAAGAAGAUCCGUAUGAGCGGGAGAUCAGCGUCGCAGCGGAGGUCCGGGCAUAUUUCCAAGUUGCUUAUAAGCGCAUCAUUGACCUUGUCCCUCGGAUCAUAAAUAUCGAUUUUAUCUCAGAGUUGCAUAUAAGACUCCGAGCUGCCCUUGAGAAAGAACUCGGAGUUGGUACGGAGGCAGGGAUUAAAUUGGCUGCCAAAUUGUUGGAGGAAGAGCCAGAUGUGUUGAAUAAACGAGAGGAGCUGGAAGCGAAGCAGAAACGACUGCGUGAGAUCCAAUUAAGGCUCAAUGGAUCGCUUGUCUAGCUUGAGAAACCUGGCGUAGUGCAGAGUCCCUCGUCAGGCGUAACGGUUUAAUGCAUAUAGCUUUCCCACAAAGGGCUUCCCUUCAGCUCAGAAGCCAGUCGCAGCACCAGCAGAACUGAACAUGGGUUUCUGAUAAUACAGUUUCGCACGUAUGUGCUUUCCUCGGGCAGCCGGGACUACCUCAUCAGUCUUCCGAUACGAUGCUCCAUUGCCCCGCAGUA